UGAACUAAGGGGUGUGUGAAGAGGGCGGUGGGAGGCAGGGGCCAGGGGCAGUUUCUCUCCUCACUUGUAAACUCGUAGAUUCACAGAAAAAGAAAAAAGAAAUGGCAGUUUUAAAUAAAGAGAUUUCUUUUUCCCUUGGGUUUAGUUGAGAAUUUUUUUUCCCAAAAAACAAAACAAAACAAAAAAACCAACAAAAAAUACCUCCCCCAAAAUAAUAAUUCUUACAAAGCUCCAAUACGUUUGGAGCCAUCCUCACUACAAAGAUGUGCCCAGAAUGUCAACAGACCAGGCUGGACUGUGAUGCCUAACAACCUGCCCAGGUCAAGAGAGUGCACCUGAACCUCGGGCUCAUGGAACUACUCAGUGGGCUGAAGGACAUGAGAUCUUUAUUGGUGUACAACCGGACCCAGGGAGAGGCUGUGCCCAGAGGCUGCCAAGGCCCUCGGUGGGGUGAGACUGCUUCUAGUACCUGAAGGACUCUUGUCCCAGAAGCACAGAUUCCUGGCAUUCUCUGACAGGACGAGAUGGGAGAUGGGGGCAGGGUAGAGGGUGCAAGCCCCACCUAGGGCAGUGGCACAGCGGGAAGAAGGGCAGACAGAACCGGAGCCUGGAGGGACGCACCAUGCCAGCGGGGACCGCAGCCGGAGCCUGGGUGCUGGCUCUUGCUCUGUGGGGAGCUGUAGCCAGUGGUCAGAAUAUCACAGCCCGGAUUGGAGAGCCACUUGUGCUAAGCUGUAAGGGGGCCCCAAAGAAGCCACCCCAGGAGCUAGAAUGGAAACUGAACACAGGAAGGACUCAAGCUUGGAAGGUGCUCUCCCCCCAGGGAGGCCCCUGGGACAGCGUGGCUCGAAUCCUCCCCAACGGUUCCCUCCUCCUUCCAGCUAUCGGAAUUGUCGAUGAGGGGACUUUCCGAUGUCGGGCAACUAACAGGCACGGGAAGGAGGUCAAGUCCAACUACCGAGUCCGAGUCUACCAGAUUCCUGGGAAGCCAGAAAUUGUGGAUCCUGCCUCUGAACUCAUAGCCAGUGUCCCUAAUAAGGUGGGGACAUGUGUGUCUGAGGGAAGCUACCCUGCAGGGACCCUUAGCUGGCACUUGGAUGGGAAACUUCUGAUUCCCGAUGGCAAAGAAACAAUCGUGAAGGAAGAGACCAGCAGACACCCUGAGACAGGGCUCUUCACACUGCGGUCAGAGCUGACAGUGACCCCAGCCCAGGGUGGAGCCACCCACCCCACCUUCUCCUGCAGCGUCAGCCUCGGCCUUCCCCGGCGCAGACCCCUGAACACAGCCCCCAUCCAGCCCCGAGUCAGGGAGCCUGUGUCUCCAGAGGGCAUUCAGCUGUUGGUUGAGCCUGAAGGUGGGACAGUGGCUCCGGGUGGCACUGUGACCCUGACCUGUACCACCUCUGCCCAGCCCCUUCCUCAAAUCCACUGGAUAAAGGAUGGUGCACCCCUACCUCUUGCCCCCAGCCCUGUGCUGCUCCUCCCUGAGGUAGGACAUGAGGAUGAGGGGAUCUACAGCUGCGUGGCCACCCACCCUAGCCAUGGACCGCAGGAAAGUCCUCCUGUCAGCAUCAGGGUCGCAGAAACUGGCGAUGAGGGGCCAGCUGAAGGCUCUGUGGGUCGGUCUGGGCUGGGACCACUAGCCCUGGCCUUGGGGAUCCUGGGAGGCCUGGGAAUAGCCGCCCUGCUCAUUGGGGCCAUCCUGUGGCGGAAACGACAACCCAGGCGCGAGGAGAGGAAGGCCCCGGAGAGCCAGGAGGAUGAGGAGGAACGAGCAGAGCUGAACCAGUCAGAGGAAGCUGAGGCGCCAGAGACUGGUGCAGGGGGACCUUAAGGGCGCCCGGGCAGACCCCGACUGCACCUCCGACUUUCCCUUCGGUUGUGCUGGCCCCAGACCAGCUCCCCCAAUCCGUACGACCCCAAUUCGACCUUGGGGCACUUUCUUCUCCAGCCAGAGCCCACAUGAUCCAUGCUGAGUAAACACCUGACACGCGUU